CGUGGCAAUGACGUCAAGAUCCGGAAGCACCCGGACGGAAAGUGAAAUACAGGACUUGGGAAAAUCGAGAGGCCCUUUUAUGAGAAAACUCACCGUUGUACAACAUUAACAAUGAUGCUUGGAGGGAGACGUGAACACUCAUCACCACCAGACUCCUAGGGUAGGCCUGAAGAGGUUGUGCCACAGUCGACCCAGUCCUAGUGGGCUCACGCCGAAACUCUCGUCUGCUGGCUGAAACAGCCACACCUUUCCCUGUCACCUGUUGGGCUGCUGGCUUCGCCCAUCAUGACCUGCAGAGAUCGCACUCUUGAGUUCCAGUCCGCCUGCAAGUCCCUCCAGGGCAGACAAAUACAGAAUGGGACUCCAUCAAAUAAACCAGCACUCAAUGCCCUCAAACAGCGCAGCGACUUCACUCUUAUGGCAAAGAGAAUUGGAAAAGACCUAAGCAACACAUUUGCCAAACUGGAAAAGCUAACAAUAUUGGCCAAAAGAAAAUCCUUGUUUGACGACAAAUCUGUUGAGAUUGAAGAACUGACUUACAUCAUAAAACAGGACAUCAACAGCCUCAAUAAGCAGAUAGCACAGCUGCAGGGGCUCGUGCGCUCCCGAAGUGGACAAAAUGGCCGACACGUUCAGACACAUUCCAACACCAUCGUGGUCUCCCUGCAGUCAAAGCUGGCGUCAAUGUCAAAUGACUUCAAAUCCGUAUUGGAAGUCAGAACUGAGAACUUGAAGCAGCAGCGCACCAGGAGAGAGCACUUCUCAAACACCCAGGUGGCCUCCUCCCCUCUGCUGGCCAACAACUUCGGGAGCUCCGUGCUGCUGCAGGACGAGUCUCGGAGCAUGGGAGGUGAGGUCUCUAUAGACAUGGAGUCCCGAGCCAACCCCCUUCAGCUGCAACUCAUCAAUGAGCAGGACUCGUACAUCCAGAGCCGGGCCGACACCAUGCAGAACAUCGAGAGCACCAUUGUGGAACUGGGCUCCAUCUUUCAGCAGCUGGCGCACAUGGUGAAGGAGCAGGAGGAGACCAUCCAAAGGAUUGACGCUAACGUGGAGGACACACAGCUGAACGUGGAGGCAGCCCACACGGAGAUCCUCAAGUACUUCCAGUCGGUCUCCUCCAACCGCUGGCUCAUGAUCAAGAUCUUCCUCGUCCUCAUCAUCUUCUUCAUCAUCUUCGUGGUCUUCCUCGCCUGAGGUCCCUGGCAGAGAAGACGUAAUCGAAGAGGAAGGAGGACGAGCUUGUGACGUUGAAGAAAUGGACUAAUGCACAGAUAAUGAGUGGGAAAGGACUGUGAACGAUGGAGGGGGGGAGGGGGGGUGCAGAGAUUGAUUAAAUUAUAACUGGACUUGAUGCUUUUAGUGACGAGACUGAAGUCAGUUUAUGCUCAGAGUCUCUGUGUGGUAGGCCCCGGUGCAUACCAGAGAGGCAAUGAAGACUAAACUAGUGGUGCAUCUGGUUGUUCGUGGAGAGACUUUUGAGUUGCACAGACUUCACGUGCUCCCCUGUAGAGAUUUGCAAACAUUUGAGCCUUCACAUCUUUUUUUUUUUCUUUUCUCUAUCUCUUCAUCAUCACUAUUAUUGUUGAUUAUAUUAAGAGAGGCGGAGGCUUUUAUUUCAAGUGGUUUGAUUCUGCAAACUAGUCUUGGUUUUGAUUUGUCCCUUCAAAUUUUUGUUUAUCACCGAAGUGGUGAUAAGAGAAAUGACGUACAUGACUCGUGAGGUAAUGUGAACGACUGUAGGACUUUGGAAUCGCCCAAAUGGUUUUCGUUGCUGUCUCUCGACCACUUAUUAUUCCCACGUCAGCUGGCGACGGCGAGGAGAGCCGAUCGGAGUGAGAUGACGGCCCUAGAUUAGGGCGGGUUGCUUUGGGAGAAACGAUUUGUUUUUCUUUCGCUUUCAACUCUUGCUUUGCCAAAUAGUUUUGUGUUCAGGAGCGUGCGGUGGGACUUCAUCCGUGCUCCAGAGGCUGCCCUGCGUGGAGCUGCCCGGGAUUUAUUAGGUAGUCUGACCCAGAGAGAUGAAGGGGCGGCCCUGCUGUCGGUCCUCAUGGCCGGUCCUCUCCUGUAGAAGCUCCGCCAUACUGCCAUGACUUGAGAACGCUGUGAACGAGCGUAGCAUCUGAAGUUCGGGUACUCGAAACGUUACCUCUCAUGGUCACUGUACAUCGGCUCCUUCAUCACGCUUCAUUUAUGGUUUCUCAGGUGUGGUCUGGUUGGAGGUCCCGUCUCUUGGCCAGAUGCCUGCGUUAAUGUACAGUGAGAUAUUAAACUAACGUGCACUUUUAUGAUAACUCCUGCUUCUCUUCACACUUUUUUUUUAGCCAAAUGCCUUGCCUCCUCUUGUAUAAAGUGAAAAUAGUAAACUGUAAGGAAAAUGAAGUGCAUAUUAAAACAUCAUUUGGAAAUGA